GCUUUUUGCGUUUUCGAACAAAAUAUUGAACAUUUCUCUUUAUUUAGCAAUUUCCUGCAUAUUUACGGCAAAAACACCGUAAUUUUAUGGAUAUGCGUUAAUAAACGGAUACAUACCAACUAUAAAAGUGGAUACUGUGUACUAAUUCGUGAGUUAAUCACCACAAUGUCGAUGGAGAAAGACGACGCAAUUUCUCUCACCUCCCAGGAAAGAGCCCUCUUGAAGGACUAUGACAGUCGACUGUAUGGGUUCCUAAAGCUAGACUUGCCUGAGGAUGCUGCAAAGAAAACUUUGAUCAUAAAGGCGAUCAGAUAUCACGAACAGGAAGCAGCAAAGUUUACGAAAAAAGACAAAAAGGAAGACAAAGAUUCUUCCAAACCUGAAGAGCUUGUUGUCCCUGAACCCAUGCCCAGUAGAAAGCCAGAUGAUAAUAAGAAAGACAAUCAAAAUGCUAGUGGUGAUAAAAAGAAAGAGACUGGUGAAGAUGAGAAUGUCAGUUUGGAAGAGAUUGCCAAAAAUGCGGAUCACUUCCGUAUGUUAGGACAUUUGAAUCUCCUCUUGGAGAAUUUCCCAAAAGCCCUCUCUGCAUACCAGAAGUUCUUCAGCAUGCAGGAGCUUUAUUGGAAAGAUGCUCCUUUCCUCUAUGGACUUGGAUUGGCCUAUUUCCACUUCAGUGCUUUCCAAUGGUCAGUGAAAGCAUUCCGACAAGCAUUGUACAUCGAUCCUGGGUUUUCAAGAGCCAAUGAGAUUCAACUGAGACUUGGUAGUAUCUUAAAGACACAGAAAGACUACGAUGGUGCUUUGAAACAUCUAAGGCUAGCUCUGAAUGACUCCAGCCCAUGUACUCUUAGCAAACACAAAAUCAAGUUCUAUAUUGGUCAAAUCCUAGAAGUGAAAGGUGAUUUCAAGGAGGCGAAGGAGCAUUACGAGACACUGCUGAAAGACGAAGGUCUACCAAAUAAUGUGAAAAGUAACACACUACGUCAACUAGGAUGGAUGCACCACACGCAGGAGCAGUUUGGUGAUAAGGCCACCCGGGAAGCUUAUGCUGUUGAUUGUUUACAUAAAGCUAUACAGGCAGACCCCUCUAGUGGACAAAGUUGGUACUUCCUAGGCAGGUGCUUUUCUAAUAUUGGCAAAGUCCAUGAUGCGUUUGUCUCUUAUCGUCACUCCAUCGACAAAACAGAGGCCAAUGCUGACACCUGGUGCUCAAUAGGUGUUCUUUACCAGCAACAGAACCAGCCUAUGGACGCAUUGCAGGCGUAUAUAUGUGCAGUACAAUUGGAUAAAAGUCAUAGCUCUGCCUGGUCAGAUCUUGGUAUACUAUAUGAAUCGUGCAGUCAACCCAAAGACGCUCUUGUGUGUUAUAAAAAAGCUCUGAAGACAGAUAAAGCCAACCUACAGCCCAAUCUUAGCGCAAGGAUUGCUUUUAUAGAGGAACAAUUUGCUAAAAGUCCUAUACCUGACCUACAACCCAAAACCAAGACACUUCCCAGCAUUGAACAAGCCUGGUCUCUCCCUAUUCCCGCGGAAUUAACGUCACGACAAAGUGCGCCCAAUUCUGGCAACCAGCCAAGAAUGAUGCAACCUGGGAUGCUUCAGCAACAAGGCCCGCAACCACAGCAACGAUUUCCCAGCAUGCCCGGCCAACAGCCUAUGCAGCGUCACCCCGGGUACCCCCCAGGUAUCUCGCCCCACCCAGGGGAUGAAGGUAGUGCUGCUAAAAGGCGUAAGGGAAAUGCAAAAAAGAGGUCUGGAGGGGGCACCCCACCCCAAAGCCCCUCCCCUCAGCCACAGCCGACCCCACCUUUCUACUUGAAUCCGCAACAGAUGCACAUGAUGAUGAGUCUACAGCAGAACCAGUCCAACCUCACUCAACAGCAGCAACAACUUCUUAAUCAAUUACAACAUCAAUAUCAAAUGCAACAACAACAUCAGCAGCAGAUGAGAUUACAACAACAACAGCAUGGCAUUAUGUCACAACAGGGACAGAACAUGAAUAUGCCUCCACCUUACCCUAGUUCCAAUGGUAUGAUGCCCCAAGGUGGUAUGCCGCCAAACCCCAUGGACCAGGGUAGGAUGCGACAGCCCCCACCCAGCUACUCAAAUUCUGUCAACUUCCCUGGAGGUCCUUCAGGAAUGAACCAACCCCCAAGACGCAGCUUUGAAAUCACCCCAAGUACGAUUGUCAACAACGUGCCUUUCAGACAGGAAAUGCCGCCUGCCUCUUCCCAGCAUGCAUCAGGACAAGGACCUGUCACUACAAAUAGUUUCAACACAUUUCAGCCUCAAACAAGCCAAAGUGGUGUUUUUCAAGAACUCUCUAAAGACAUUCAGAAUAAUCCAGUCACGGAACAGGAAUUAACAGCUCUGUUAUCCCGCCAGGAUAUAGCGACAUCCCUCGCGGAAGAUCUCCUAGCACAAAUUACACAAGAUAGUGAUAUUCUCAAAGGACUUGAAACCAAAAAAGACUCUAGUCAAACAAAUGACGACAUCUUGGACGCUUUUAGCUCGUUCCAAAAUACUGACAAUUUCCCCGAUGAUUCCGGGAAUCUUAACUCUCAGCCUCCUAGCGUACAUUCCAGUUCAGUCCAUAGCUUAGAUACAAAUCAAAUCCGUGAUGGCGGACCAUCAAAUAUUGGAUCUCCAAAAAGUGAAGCGAGCCUAUCCAGUUCGCAAACACCACGCUCUCCUAAAUUGGAGGAAGAUAUAUUAGACCAAUUAAAAGUCAAUACUGAUGGGACAAAAUCUGACCCCAGCGUCAUAUUGAGUCCUUCGGCUAUUUCAAUCAACAUGAGUUCUUCACUUCUGACACCAAAAUCUGGAGGUUCCUUCAACACUAGUAUCCUCUCUGAGAAAUGCCCGCCCCCCUGUCCCCCAGAGGCCCCCUACCCCCCACUCCCUAAAGACAAACUUGACCCUGCUACACCUAGUGUAUAUCUGGAAAGUAAGAAGGAUGCUUUCUCCAAAGAACUUCAGCAGUAUUGUCUGUCCCAGCCUGUGGCUGUUAUACGUGGAAUAGCAGGGGCAUUAAAACUAGACUUGGGCCUAUUCUCAACUAAAAGCCUGGUAGAGGCCAACCCUGAUCACCCAUGUGAGGUCAGAACUCAGAGACUCCAAGGCCCCGAUGAAAACAGGGACCAGUUCGGGGCAAAUGUUUGGCACUGUGCCAGCACGAGAAGUCACACCACAGUUACAAAGUAUGCUCAAUACCAAGCGUCAUCCUUCCAAGAAUCUCUCAAAGAAGAAACGGAAAAAGUUCGUGGAAUUCAACGUGACAAAGACGAGGAUUCUAAUGGCAAAGGGAAAAAGGCUAAAAAGAUGAUAAAGUUUGGUACCAAUGUUGAUCUCUCUGACGAACGAAAAUGGAAACCACAAUUACAUGAAAUAUCCAAACUCCCAGCAUUCACCAAGUUAGUUUCGGCUAGCAAUAUGCUGAGCCACGUAGGACAUACCAUAUUAGGAAUGAACAGCGUGCAACUUUAUAUGAAAGUGCCAGGAUGCAGAACCCCUGGUCAUCAGGAGAACAACAACUUAUGCUCUGUGAAUAUAAAUAUUGGGCCGGGAGAUUGUGAAUGGUUCGCAGUGCCAGAAUCGUACUGGGGAGCAAUACAUAAUAUAUGCGAAAGGUACAACAUCAACUACCUGACAGGAUCAUGGUGGCCUAUACUAGAUGAUCUAUACAAGGAAGAUGUCCCUGUCUAUAGGUUCAUUCAGAAACCUGGAGAUUUGGUCUGGAUUAACGCUGGCUGUGUACACUGGGUGCAAGCAAUUGGCUGGUGUAACAAUAUAGCCUGGAAUGUAGGUCCUCUGAAUGCCAAGCAAUACUCAUCCGCAGUUGAAAGAUACGAAUGGAACAAACUCCAAAGCUACAAGUCGAUCGUUCCCAUGAUUCAUCUCACUUGGAACCUUGCCAGGAAUGUACGGAUAUCAGAUAUGGCAUUGUUCCAGCAAAUGAAGUAUUGCUUAUGUCGUACAUUAAAGCAAGUACAGUUGAUCAUAGACUACAUCAAGGGUCUUGGUAAGACAAUUAAAUACCAUGACAAACAGAAGGGAGAGGCUGCCCACUAUUGUGACAAAUGCGAGGUGGAGGUCUUCAACAUACUAUUUGUGGCUGAGCAGGACAAAAAGUUUGUAGUCCACUGCCUGGACUGUGCAGGAAAGAUUCAGAAGAAACUGGACAACAUUGUCAUCCUCAACCAAUAUCACAUGCAGGAUCUCAAAGAGGUCUAUGAUAAUUUCCAGUUACAUCAAGCACCAACAGGACUUGUUUCAUACGCUUAAUCUGCUGACAUCACUUCAUCCUGACAUCAUAAUUACAUCACAAUGGCAUCACAAUGUUAAGAUCAUUAAGACAUAGGUCAUAUACAUGAAUCACCAGUGCAAAUGUAAUGCAAUAUACGCAACCAAAGUUUUGUUGCAUCAAUGCGAAAUUAAAUAGGAUGGUAUGUUUAGUGAAAGGUGACCAAACAUUGCGUAAAAUAUUAAUAAAAACUGAAAUGCAGUUAAUUCACAGUUUGGUGAAAAUGUCAUAAAAACUUAAUCAAGGUGAUGAACUUCAAAGUUGAAAUGUCCAUAUAUGGAAGCAUGAGUUGUAAUGUCCAUAUAUGGAAACAAAGUUGAAAUGUCCAUAAAUGGAAGCAUUGCAGCAAUAACUACUGAAUAAGAGCGAGGAGAUGAAUGUGCGUAGCCCUUCUGGGUAGUCUACAAGGAUCUAACAUUUAUUUACAAAAUAAAUUAAACAUAUAUCAAACAAAAUAUAAAAUGUCCUUCAAGGAACAAAGAAAUGACAUAGUUGAAUGUGACGAAAUGUGACGUAUGAUGAACACACAGAAAUCUACAGAAGUUCCUCCAAUUGAGAUAUAAAUAUAUAAUUGACACAGUUGAGUGUAUAUGUACAUGUAUUUUAAUAGCAAACCCAACAAAGAUCUCAAUUCUUGUCCAAAGAAGUGGAGCACAAUAUAGUAUCCCAGAAGCCUCAGUGUCACAUGAUUGUACUGACCAAUCAUAUUUGAGGAAUUUUUAAUGAGGAGGGUAAACAAACCCACAAUGCAACACUGAUUGGUCAGUUCAGUUAUUGUUGAUGAUAUGUAGAUUCAAACAUAGUUUGACUUAUGAUUGCAAUUAUUGUAUAUUUAGCAAUUGGUAUAUUGCUAAAUUGCAAUUAUUGUAUAUUUAGC